AUGAAUUUAAGCGCGUGCCGAAGUGGAUUGGAAUCACAAGGUGGACACGUAGAGACCGAGAGAGGCCCCAUGGCACUAAGCUUAUCAGUAACAACGGUGUUGGCAUUCCUUCUUCUCCUGCUUUUCGUGGCUGUACCCUCAACAGAGGCAGCGUCAGUAGUGGAGACGGUAGAGCGAGCAAAAUUCCAGCCAGAAAGUCUCACACCAGCAGUAUGGAGAGCUGCUGCCAAACAAGUUGCUAAGAAAGUCGGCAAGGCAAUCACCCAGUUCGCUAUCUACGAGGCCGCCGAAAAAGCCGUAGUGAGUGCCUACGAUAAAGCGUCGAAGUGGAUCAAGCGGCGUUUCAACAGGUAG